AUGACGCCGACUGACAGUGAUGAGGAGGAUUUUGAGAAGUUCUACGAAGAUAGAAGCAGUGUACUGAAAACUCUAAAAGCGGUGGAGGAGUUUGCCUUGUCCUCCAAAGAGCUAACUGUGGGGUUUGGUGAGACUCAGCUGGCCUUUGUGUCAAAGCCCAAACGCAGACCCCUACUCAAAAAAUACCAUCAAUUCCUGGCCUUGAUGUUUGCCGUCAUGGAGGUGAACAAGGAUCUGCUUCUUCUCCCCAACAUCACCCUUGGCUUCCGCAUCUAUGAAAAUCAGAAGAUGGAGAGGAAGAUUUUCUUAUACAGCCUCUCCUUGCUCUCCACACGAGGUCAAAUGGUUCCGGGUUACAAAUGUGGCAGGAAGGACCCUCUGCUUUCUGUCAUUGGAGGUCACAACUCCGAAUCCUCAAGGCAGAUGGCCUCCAUCUUCAGCAUCUAUAAGGUCCCACAGAAGGUGCCCUUUGCCAGAUGUGGCAUGAAGAGGUGCCAGGCAGGAGAGAGGAAAAGUGUUCCAGAGGGUGAGGAGGUUUGCUGCUACCAAUGUGCUCCUUGCCCAGAAGGGACUAUUUCUAAUCAGACAGAUUCUGCAAACUGUGACCCCUGCCCAGAAAACCGAUAUUCCAACAUGGACAAGGACCACUGCAUUGCCAAGAAGAUCCACUUCCUGACCUAUCAGGAAACCUUGGGAUACACUUUAAUAACUCUAGCAUUUUCUUUCUCUGUGAUCACAUCUGCAGUGCUGGUGAUAUUCCAUAAACAUCGUGACACACCAAUUGUCAAGGCCAACAACCGAGAUCUCACCUAUCUCCUCCUGGUCUCCCUCCUGCUCUGCUUCCUCUGCUCCUUCCUCUUCAUUGGUCAACCUGGGAAGCUCACCUGUCUCUUACGACAAACUGCCUUUGCCAUUCUCUUUUCCAUUGCAGUUUCCUCUGUCUUGGCAAAAACUGUCAUGGUGGUUCUGGCCUUCAUGGCCACUAAGCCAGGGAACAAGGCAAGGAAACUCUUGGGAAAACCACUGACCAACUCCAUUGUCUUAGUCUGUCCCCUGGUCCAAACAGUUCUUUGUAUUAUCUGGCUGGUAACCUCUCCCCCAUUUCCCAACAUGGACUUCCAUUCCUUAGUAGCAGAGACCAUCUUGGAAUGUAAUGAAGGCUCAACUUUAAUAUUUUAUGCUGUCCUCGCCUACUUGGGUUUUUUGGCCCUUGUGAGUUUCACAGUGGCCUUUCUGGCUAGGAAAUUGCCCGACAGCUUUAACGAAGCCAAGUUCAUUACUUUUAGCAUGCUGGUCUUUUGCAGCGUUUGGAUCAGCUUCCUCCCCACCUACCUGAGCACCAAAGGGAAGUUCAUGGUGGCCGUGGAGAUCUUCUCCAUAUUGGCCUCUGGGGCUGGUCUUUUGGCUUGUAUCUUUUUCCCCAAAUGCUACAUUAUCCUACUAAGGCCACAUCUGAAUUGUAGAGAGAAUAUAAUGAGGCACAAAAAUGUCUGA